AUGGGGUUUCCUCCAAGUUUAGCUAGGGUUUCUCUAUUUCUUAUGCUACUUGUACUUGUUGGGGCUUCUUCUAAAUUUGAGGGAACCCUCAAGCACCUGCCCCAGAGACUAAGCAUUGCAGUUGAGGGUGUCAUCUAUUGCAAGUCAUGCAACUACUCAGCCAAUGACACUCUGCUUGGAGCCACCCCACUUCAAGGUGCCACGGCUCGUUUAGAAUGCAAUAGCUCAAAGCAAGUGGUGACAGCGGAAGGCAAAACUGAUAAAAAUGGGUACUUCUUCAUUGAGGCCCCAAGAAACAAGGUUACAAACUAUGCCUUCCAUAAAUGCAAGGUCUUUUUGGCAUCAUCACCUCUGGCCACGUGUCAAAAGGCCACUGAUCUACACGGUGGAAUAACAGGGUCCCCCCUGAGAUUUCAUCAGGUUCUUGACAGUGGGUACCCACUUGCUGUUUUCUCUACUGGGCCCCUUGCCUAUGCCCCUACUAAUGCCACUGUGUGCGCUCACCACCCCGAAGCUAGAUUUUAG